CAACAAAAAUCGGGUAACAGAUUCCAACUGUAAAUGGAGCCAGAAACGGCUGACGCCAAAUCGCCGCUUCUGGAAGCGUGGCGGCGCGGCCGUCUAAGUCGCCGGAACUCUGUGAACUCGCUCCGCAACGAUUUCAUUUCCAGAUUACCCGAUAAUGUCCUAUCAGCAGUUGACCCUGAGUCUCCCUCCUCUUAUUUUGAUGUCUCCCGAGCUCAGGGUUUGAGCCAAGGACAGAAGGAUUACUAUGAAAGACAGUUUGCUACAUUGAAAUCAUUCGAGGAUGUCGAUUCCGUGGUGUUAUCAGAAGAAAUAGAUGAAGAAGAUAUACAAGAACAAGCACAACAUGAGAGAGCUAUGAUGAUCUCCAAUUAUGCUAAUAUUUUGCUGCUGGCCUUCAAGAUCUUCGCCACUAUAAAGAGUGGAUCGCUAGCCAUUGCUGCUUCGACCUUGGAUUCCUUACUAGAUCUCAUGGCUGGGGGCAUACUUUGGUUUUCCCACCUUGCAAUGAAAAAUGUCAACAUUUACAAGUACCCAAUUGGAAAGCUGAGGGUCCAACCGGUCGGGAUUAUCAUCUUCGCUGCUGUGAUGGCUACUCUUGGCUUUCAGGUUUUUGUUCAGGCUGUGGAACAGCUUGUCGAAGCAAAUCCUUCUGAGAAAAUGACCACAGAUCAGUUGGUCUGGUUGUACUCAAUUAUGUUAUCUGCUACUGCAGUAAAACUCGCUCUCUGGUUUUACUGCAGAAGCUCGGGCAACAAAAUUGUGCGCGCUUAUGCAGAGGACCAUUAUUUCGACGUGGUAACAAAUGUAGUAGGAUUGGUAUCGGCUGUCCUCGGUGAUAAGUUCGUGUGGUGGAUUGAUCCAGCCGGUGCACUUGCACUGGCAAUCUACACAAUCACUAACUGGUCUGGAACUGUACUUGAGAAUGCAGUGUCGCUGGUAGGCCAAUCAGCACCACCCGAUGUUCUGCAGAAGCUGACUUAUCUUGUGAUAAGGCACCCUCAGGUUAAGCGUGUUGACACGGUCCGUGCUUACACUUUUGGAGUUCUGUAUUUUGUUGAGGUCGAUAUCGAGCUCCCUGGAGAUCUGCCCCUCAAAGAAGCUCACGCCAUCGGAGAAACUCUGCAGAUGAAGCUCGAGAAACUUGUUGAAGUCGAAAGGGCAUUCGUUCAUCUUGAUUAUGAAUGUGAGCACAAGCCAGAGCACUCUGUUCUCAGCCGGCUGCCCAACAGCGAUCCCUAAGGUCUCUUAGAGAAAAAAAGGGCACACACAUCAUUCAUUGCUGUAAAAAAAAAUUGCAGGGUGUUUGUGGUCUCUAGCUUUGAAAGAGUUGGUUUUGUGAAUUUGUUGAUCAUUUUGUAAUACAAUAAAAUAUCAUAUUGUAUACACUGUGUGCCUGUAAAUCGAUUAAGUCUAGAGAACAAUAAACGGAAUAUAUUUGAAGUUUGAAGUAUUUUAAAUAA